CUCGUACUGUACCGCCGCAUAUGAUGUACGGUCACAUAGUUUGCCAUACUGUGUUCUACCAUUAGCAUAUUUAAGCCCAUGAAUACAUAGUUACAAUGUAUAGUUUAUUAGAUGAUAGUACAUAGUCCGUGAACAGUACCGUAGUGAUCUACUUUGUGAAGUGGCAGUGUUUAUUGGCGCGGUUGGUAGUAGCUCCUAUCGGGCGGUGCGCGGUGCGUAACGCGACGUCACGUCACCUGCCGGCUCACUGUUCGGACAGUAUCGGCACCACUCGUGCACGCUCGGCAACCUUAUUGUUUGUUGUAGCUUAUGAUUGCAAAUAUCUUGUAAUGUUAUUACGAUGAGCGUAAGAAACAAAUUGUUAGAAGAGAUCCACCCUCUGGAUAUAAUCCGCGAGGUGCAAAAGUGGCCCGCUCUAUAUACCAAAGACGGCACAGAGAGAGCCAAUUUACAUUUCAAAAAUAAAAUAUGGUAUGAAAUUGGAAAAUCGCUAUUUCCGCCAUGGGAAUCGUUUCCGGAGCACGAGAAGUUAUCCAAAGUUACAGAUUUAAUGAAAAGAUGGCGAAACCUAAGAGAUACUUUCAAAAGGCAGUUAGAUACGGAAAGAAAGACGAAAGGUGGACGUAUAGUCAAGAGGAAGAGGUACGUGUACUUCAAACACAUGUCGUUCCUGCUGCCACACCUGGGGAGCGGAGACAGCAGCGGCGUACAGGAAGGCCAGCAGCAGCCGGCGGCGGCGCCCCCGAAGAGGUCACCACCGCGGGUACUACUGCAGAGGAACACGUCCAAACCAGCGAACACCUGCCUGGAGGACAUCGACGAAGACAAACACUUCCUGCUGUCGCUGGUGCCGUCCUUCAAGCGGAUGAGCGACGAUGAGAAGUUGACUGCGAAAGUGGAAAUAUUGAACGUGAUCAAAACGAUGCGUACUAAAUGCACCAGGAGAUCGGACGACGUCAGCCACAGGAAGAGCCCUGACGAGCUGACGGACGACCUCAGCGCCUACAUGGACGGCGUCGAAGACAUCAAGGUGGAGACGGCCGCCGCCAACAACCCCCUCAACAGCACCUCCUACAUGACGUACGAGUCAGAGAACGAGUCCGCCAGCACAGUCGACUCUGACUAACCACCGAACAUUACAUACAUCUAAUUCGUUCAGUACUUUUUUUAUUGUACUGAGGCAAUAUUGAAACUGUUCUGGAGGGUGUAAAAUCGUCUCGGCGGAAACACGGUGUGAAAUCAAACCGGUCUACUCUGGAUACUAAAUUCGAUCCAAUAACAU